GAUUCGGUUCCCAACGUUCACCAAAAAGAUCCAUUCAUAAAGAGCCGUUCGUUCGCGAAUAAUCCAUCACUAGGAAGAAGGAAAUUAAUAUGGCAGCAGGUAGCUCCUGCACAAUAGUGGAAUAUUUCGGGGGAGAUGACGGCUACCGCUGUGGUUAUUGUAAAAAUGAGAAGGGGAACUUCUCUCAUGGGAUGUGGUCCCACGCCAUGACAGUACAAGACUACCAGGAUCUCAUAGACAGAGGAUGGAGACGAAGCGGGAAGUAUGUUUACAAGCCCAUCAUGAACAAGACCUGCUGUCCACAGUACACCAUCAGGUGUCACGCCUUGAACUUUCAGCCAUCUAAAACCCACAAGAAGAUCCUGAAGAAGAUGAGCAAGUUUCUGUCUAAAGGGGAGAUGCCAACGGAACAGGGCGAUGGGGAGCCCAUGGACUCGCUGUGUGAGGAGGGAGGACUGCAUGGCCCUGCUAAAGUCUGUCACCCUGAGGUGGCGAGUCCUGUGGUCACAGCCAUUCUGACUGAGGAGGGAGACACCACCCCAGUCGAGUUUGAAACCGCUAGAAAAGACCCAGUGUCUGUUCCAGACGGGAGAGGACCAGAAUCAACCCCCAAACCGGGGGUAGGAGCGGACCCCGGUAGGCCAUUGUGUAGGAAAGCCAAAGAACUGAGGAAGGCGCGCCGGCUGCAGAAGGAGCAGAAGAGACAGGUGGGGGGUGGAGUCCCGGCCUCUGUGACCUCUAACCCCGCCACGCCCGUCCAGCUCAACCAACCCAAAGCCCUGGAGGAGUUCAUCAACGAAUCUCUGCCCGAUAGUCCUCUGCACCACCUCGAGGUGAGGCUAGUGCCCGUCAAUGAUGAUGAUCCUCAGUUCAUGGCGACCUAUGAGCAGUCGGCAGCGCUGUACGCACGCUACCAGAUGGCCGUUCACGGCGACACCCCUUCCGAGUGUAACGAGAGUGAGUUCAGGAGAUUUCUCUGUGACUCACCACUUGAGAUGGAGAUGUCUCCAGAUGGUCCAGCGGCGGGCUACGGUUCCUUCCACCAACAGUACUGGCUGGACGACCGCAUCGUGGCAGUGGGAGUAGUGGACGUCCUGCCCACCUGCGUGUCCUCUGUCUACCUGUACUACCACCCCGACUUCGCCUCUCUGUCGCUGGGCUCCUACUCUGCACUCAGGGAGGUUGCCUUCACCAGGCAGCUGCAGAAACAGUCCCCCAAGCUAUGCUUCUACUACCUGGGCUUCUACAUCCACUCCUGCAACAAGAUGCGAUACAAGGGGCAGUACCAGCCUUCAGACCUCCUGUGCCCAGAGACAUAUGUCUUUGUGCCCAUAGAACGCUGCAUCCCCAGCCUGGAGCAGACCCACUACGCACGCUUCAACCAGGACCCCGACGCAGGUGAUACACACGUACUGAAGGACCUCGGUCGUGCUCUGGUGCUGUACAGACGGACGGUCAUGCCCUACGCCGCCUACGCCCGCAAACGCAAGGGCUCCAACGACGAGAUGGAGGUGGCGCAGUACGCUGGCCUGGUGGGCCAGGUCUGCGCUGAGAGGAUCCUGCUAUACCGGGCGUAACCCACUUGGGGCGCCACCCUGCACCUUGAUCCGCUCAUGUGUCUCUGUCUAUCCCGCUGUCUUUGUAAGUGCUUUCCACUGCUUCACUCUACAAUAGCCUCACCAAGUUUAGCUCUACUACACAUAGGCCGAACCAACACAUUCAAGUAUGUACCUGCUUUCAGAAAGAAUUCACACCCCUUCACUUUUUUCACAUUUUGUUGUGUUACAGCCUGAAUUUUAAAUGCAUUAAAUUGAGAUUGUGUCACUGGCCUACACAUAAUACCCCAGAAAGGAAUUAUGUUUUUAGAAUUGUUUACAAAUUAAUUAAAAAUGAAAAGCUGAAAUGUCUUGAGUAUUCAACCCCUUUGUUAUAGCAAGCCUAAAUAAGUUUAGAAGUAGAAAUGUGCAUAAUAAGUCACAUACUAAUUUGCAUGGACUCUGUGUGCAAUAAUAGUGUUUAACACUAGAACUGCUGGGCCUGGAGGGACCAAUUUUCAAGCUAAUGAGCAGUCUGUAUAAUUAAUACAUUUCAUAUACAGUGUGCUAUCGCAAAAAUAAUAAUUUUGGUUGCUUUUAUGAAGGCUUUGGGUAAAAAAAAAUCUACCACUAUAGCAUUUUGAUUAGUUUGUUACUGUAGGCCAGUCAAGAUCACUUUCGCAGCCAAAAAGCAAGUGGAGAUCUACUGCUCAGAAUUUUCUUAAAACCUAACUUAAAACAUGAACCUAAUAAAAACAGUUAUGUAGGAAUGAAGUCUGUGCAGUAGGCCUAGUACAUUAUCAAAGCAUAUUGUUUUUAGGAGUUCCAAGUUGUCUUGAACAUGGUAUUAGUCUCAGCGGAGGGAGGGAGAGAGCAGCAGAGGGUCCGACUCUCACGGUCCCUCUUUCUUUGCUUUCCUCCGAUGAGACUGACCAUAUAGAAGGGGACACAGUCUUCCACCUGAUUGUGCCUCGGGCAUAAAUUCAAAUUCCAGAAAAAGUGAAAUACUCUGCGAUAUUAAAAUAGACAACGAGCUGCCAAUUAUCUAACAGUCUCUCUAAUGGUAAUGGUUUUAAAAGUUAUAAAAUCUCACCUAAGCUAGUAUCAAACUUUGCUGUGGCUGGGGUCGUGGAAGCUGUAGGUAGGCACAGUGAUUUAAGCUAUCUGAUUGGCCAGUGCAGUAAGCGCACUCGAUUUAGCCACAGAUCUCCAGGUCCGCCGGCUAGGCAAAGUUUGUCUUUUCAGGCAAAUUCAAUGAUUUCAAAUGGGAACACUUUGCUUACCCGGUGCGUAGGGGUUCUGAAGAAAAAGAUGCAUCUACCGCCAACAGCACACACAAAAAAAAACAUAUGCCUCUGACUUUAUCGUUGGCUUCUACAGAAAUGUUUGGUGAUCGACUAAGAAUGCCUUGAAGAUAGACCAGUAGAUCGCGAUCGACCGGUUAGUAGGCUAUAUGUAAAAAAAUAUAUAAAUUAAUUCAAAUGUUCAAUACAUUUAAUUCACGGAAUGCCCUUGUUACAACUAUGAAACAGAAAGAAUAGGUGUUGGAACACGAUAAAAGCGUAUUGUUUUUUAAGAAGAAAAAAAUAACUCAAACACGAAGGCACACAGUCAAAUGAUGAAAACAUCAAUAGCGUAAACAUAAGCGCCAAGUGUGCUUGAUAAAUAGUGAAAAUCAGCACAAAAGCUAUAAUGGCAUUAUAAUUAUACGGUAAGUGUUGACAUGACAGCAGUCAAAAAUAGUGAAUUAUUGUUAGCUCUUGCUUACAUUGUGUGCGUCUUCACUCAAUGGCAUCAGUUGGAUUUCAUUUAGCUGUUAUCAUUUAGCUAUUUAGCUGUACACACCCUUAGUAACUUUCACUUUCUUGACACACUUUGACAUACCAUUGUUUGGUUGUAGUGCGUAAUAGUCUCCGGUUUUCUGUGUCCCCCGUUGUCUUGUCAUUCUUCAGCAACUUUUAAGGAGUACAACGGCAGUACAGGUGCCUUAUUUUGCGCAGAGGGAGUUCCCGUCUCACUUUGUUCAUGGUGCUAGCCGGGCUUGUUUUCUUUGCAAGCAACUUUUUCGCCUGCAGCUAGGUUUCCUUCCAAUUGGCGACAGAUUUUCUUACGAGUAUUCUCUGCAUAAAAAAUCUGCAUAAAAAUCAUGUGCUCAUUUUCCCACCAGAGAUGUUUCCGUCAAAUUGGCUUGUCGCAGAUAAAAGGUUGCGUGAUGACGUAGUACACAUACAAUUACCUUUUGCGGUAAAUAUAAAAUACAAGUCAAAUGGGUUUCCAUUGCGUUUUUCAACUCUACUGAUGGUUUUCUCACCAAAAAUCUUCCGUUGUAUAGCAAGUGUGCCCACUCCGAUAUUGGCAUGUGUGCUCUAGGCAACAGCUCACAUGAUGAGAUUAUUAUGGACAGAAGUGAGCGAUUAGCCAAGCAUUGAUGAUCAUGUCACCAGAAUAAGACCCUCAAUAUUUAUUGCACUUUUACCACGCUGGGAAGUUAAACAUCAUUUAUUUCUGUAGCCUAAUAAACGACAUGCUAUCCCGUUGAAUCAUAGUGGGAGGACCACACAUGUCAUCGUGUGACUCCCAAGUUUACUUCGAUAUGAUGGUUAUUAUAUCAAUAUUUGCGCUUAAAAGAUGUUUCCACUGACAUUCCUCGGCAUAAUGAAUUUUAGACACAAAAAGAUCCCACCUUGUCGACAUUUGGAAAGUUUACUGGAAAAUGUUGCUUGGAUCAGGCCUGUCAUGACAUUUUUUUUGUCAGAUGUACUUUAUUCGCAUAAAAAGGCUGGAUGAAAACCUGGUUAAUGACCAUGACGUGAAGAAAUUCUCCAUAGUGACAUUUCUCCCCUUGCCAAUGUAAGGUUCCACAAACCUCAUCACCACAUUCUCCGACACUCGCUCACCUGCUGCCUCCUUUCGCAGAUAUUGAAAGCGGUUCAACAUGUACAAUUACGCACGCUCUCACUGUGUAGCCUACUUCAAGUAGGCCAGAGUAGACAGAUAAGACUGCUUUGAUUCGGUGGACUGUUAUAGGGUACAUACCAUUUUAAGAUUAGAAUUAGAAUGGAUCAAUACAAUAGAAUGGCCUGACAUGUUCUUAACAAUUGGUGAUUACAUAAUUAUGCAUCGUUCGCUUUCCCCUCUCGUCAACUCACCCAUUCUCCUCUAUCCCCAUAGUACUUCAUUUAUUUAAUCUGUUAUGUGUGAAAUUGGUUUCGUUAUACACUGAGUAUACCAAAGAUUAGGAGCACCUUCCUAAUAUUGAGUUCCCUCAAUUCAUCAGGGAAUGGACUCUACAAGGUGUCGAAAGUGUCCACAGGAAUGCUUCCCACAGUUGUCCUUUGGGUGGUGGACCAUUCUUGAUACACAUGGGAAACUGUUGAGCAUGAAAAACCCAGCAGCGUUGCAGUUCUUGACACAAACUGGUUAUAACUCCAGUUCUGUUUGUGAUAUUAAGAUUUAAAACACUGACAGUGUGUUAUAUAGACUUAUUUAGGAAAAGUCAAGGACGUAGGCGGGAAUAACUUUAAAAAAUGUAGAAUGUUUUUUUUUAUAUUCAUGAGCAGUCAAAAUGACUGCUUUAGCAGUUCUAGUGUUAACAUGAUUUUUUUUUACACCGCACAUACAAUUAAUUAUCUGUAAGGUCCCUCAGUCGAGCAGUGAAUUUCAAACACAGUUUCAACCGCGAAGACCAGGGAGGUUUUCCAAUGCCUCGCAAAGAAGGGCACCUAUUGGUAGAUGAGGGGGGGAAUAAACCAGCUACCAUUAAACAUGGUGAAGUUAUUAAUUACACUUUGGAUGGUGUAUCAAUACACACAGUCCCUACAAAAAUACAGGCCUUCCUAACUUAGUUGCCGGAAAGGAAAGUAAGGCGAAUGGUGACUUAAACUAAUUGUUUUAAAGACCUGUAAUAGAAGACUGAGGAUGGAUCAGCAACGUAGUUUCUGCACAAUACUAACCCAAAUGAAGGAAGCCUGUACAGAAUAAAAAAUAUUCCAAAACAUGCAUUCUGUUUGCAAUAAGGCACUAAAGUAAAACUGCAAAGAAUGUGGCACAGAAAUUUACUUUAUGUCCUGAAUACAAAGUGUCAUGUUUGGAACAAAUCCAACACAACACAUCACUAAGUACCACUUCAUAUUUCCAAGCAUGGUGGUGGCUGCAUCAUGUUAUGGGUAUGCUUGUCAUCAGCAAGGACUAGGGAUUUUUUUUAGGAUAAAAAUAAAUGGAAUAGAGCUAAGCACAGGCAAAAUCCUAGAGGAAAACCUGGUUUAGUGUGCUUUCUAACAGACACUGGGAGACACUCACCUUUCAGCAGGACAAUAUCAAAUCAAAUUGUAUUAGUCACAUGCGCCGAAUACAACAGGUGUAGACCUUAACAUUAAACACAAGGUCAAACAUAAACUGGAGGUGCUUACCAAGACUACAUUGAAUAUUCCUGAGUGGCUUAGUUACAGUUUUGACUUAAAUUAUCUUGAAAACCUUGAAAAUGGCUGUCUAGCAAUGAUCAACAACCAACUUGACAGAGCUUGAAGAAUUUGAAGAAUAAUAUGCAAAUAUUGUACAAUCCAGGGUGCAAAGCUCUUAGAGACUUACCCAGAAAUACUUACAACCUUAAUAGCUGCCAAAGGUGAUUCUAAACAUGUAUUGACCACGGUGUGAAUAAUUAUGUAAAUGAGACAUUUCUGUGUUUCAUUUUCAUUACAUUUGCAAAAAUGUCUAAAAACAUGUUUAUACUUUGUCGUUAUGGGUUAUUGGGUGUAGAUGGAUGAGAGAAAAACAUAUUUAAUCCAUUUUGAAUUCCAGCUGUAACGCAAUAAAAUGUGAAAUAAAUCUAUGAGUAUGAAUGCUUCCUGAAGGCAUAUUGCACUCACCUGGCGGCCUCGUCUAUGAUAUUAUAUCUGAAUCACGUUUGAUAGAUGUCGGUUUUAUCCAUAGUACGCAAGGUUUCAGUUUAACAAAGUAAGUUGUCUAUUUAGUUGUGAACUAUCAAUCCAGUUGAUUAAGACUCAGAAAUCUUGGUUACAGGGAACAUUCAUUUCAGUGUCGUUUUGAUUUCAUAAUGUUUGACUUUCACCCCACGGAAAGCAGCAGUAGCCAUCACCUUCACCCGAACCCAGCACAAGGCAUGGUUCUCCUCUGUACUGAUAUGGGAUCAGACUAUUCACUGAUCUAGAAUCAGUGACGUUGAGGAGAAUCUGAAAGUUGCUGCUUCACUCUGAGGAUUGGGCUCAUACACGCCACACCCACAAACCACACUGAAAUUAACAUGAUCUGGUUGUGUGUGUGUGUACUGUAUGCUUGUUUGUCUGUCACUGAUAUUUAUAGCUUUAUUUGCUCUUUUAUUAUUGAUACUAUUAUUUUGUUUCAAACGAAUAAAGGGAUGAAAUAUCCAAUUACUUA